AUGGCUUCCAAAUCCAGUCGUGUGCAGAAAGAGCAGCUUCGCAAGCGGCGCAAUAAUCUUCUGCGACGCCACAAUGACUUCUGGCGCCUAUAUUCGAUCAAGAGCUGGUUGAUUAUGGAGGCGCCCGACGGUCGGGUCUUCACUUACCAUUCUCAUCCCGAUUUGCCCGCUCCCACUCCGCAGGAAAUGAGCGAAAGAGACCAGCCUCCUGUCCACAGAACGCCGUUGGAUUUCCUCGAUGAAGCGGAAGAGCCAGACGAAGAGCCGCGCAACAUACCCGCUUCAGAAUCCAGCGAUGCUAUCUGGAGCGCCAUAUUCUUGUAUCUGAAUCGCCGUUUCCAAAUGGUCAUGUAG